GCAGGACUGGCAGGCCGUUAAUGUUUUGCAAGUUAUGAAGCAUAUGGAGCCUCAAGUAAAACAAGUUUUUCAAAGUCUACCAAAAUCUGCCUUCAGCAGUGGUUAUUACAGAGGUGGAUUUGAACCCAAAAUGACAAAACAGGAAGCAGCAUUAAUACUAGGCAUAAGUCCUACUAUCAAUAAAGGAAAAAGAGAUGCUCAUCGAUGAAUUAUGCUUUUAAAUCAGCCAGACAAGGGAGGAUCUCCUUAUAUAGCACCCAAAAUCAAUGAAGCUAAAGAUUUACUGGAAGGUCAAGCCAAAAAGUGAAGUAAAUGUAUGAUG